AUGCUGCCGCCCUCUUCUGAUUCUGCUGCUCUUGUGCCCACCUGCCCUUGCCCCUCCGCUCUCUGCAUCGCCCCCUCCACCUCCCAGGGACCGGGGGACCCACCUAACCAGGACCCUAAGGGCGGGGCUGUUCUCCCCAGCCAACAGCUCAGCCAGAGAGGAGCCGGGCCUCGUGGGUCAGAACAGGGGCCUCCUUUGCAGGUCCCCAGUUGUGAAUCGGGACAGGGGACAGCUCCUGGGAGGUGGGAACUGGGGGCAGCUCCUGAGAGUGCUGGCAUCGUGUCUCUGGGUUGGACAACCCUAGAGUCCAGCCAUGACAGUUGUGGUCUGUGGAGGCAGCCCCCUCCCAGUGAGCGUGGUGCCCAGGGAGGUUCUGCCUCUACUGGCCAUAUUUUUCUACCAGAGUACUUGGGGGUUGCAAAUGUUUUGCGGGCAUUUCCACACGGAGCCAACUCAGACCCUCACUGGAGAAGUCAGGGUAGACAAGCCUUCAGGGCCCCGCUCAAGGCUUCCACUUUCUGGGUGCAGCUGCCGGAGGCCACCCCUCCCGGGGUGCCGGCCUGCCUCCCAGCCGCCAGCAUCCCGGCCUGGGAAAGGGAAGUGGAGUUGUUCAGAGCUCCGGGACUGGAAGCAGGGUCUCCCGGUGCAAUGAGAAGCGUCUCCCUCCACUCUCCUUCACACUCCGAGAUGGGCUCCAAAGCAAACAGCUAG